UCGCGAUCUGGAGAUCCUAUCCAACUCUCUCUCUUCACAAAACAAACAAAACAAAACGAACAAAUUUUCAAUUUCUUUUCUCUCAUGCUAAACCCAAAAUCCCCCAAAAAAAAUGAGUAAUUGAAAUUGAAAACCCUAGAAAUGGAAAUCAGUCGCUGGAUUUUGAUUUCCAUUUGAUCAGCUGUUCAAACAAAACAAUGCUAAUGCUGUUCUUGCUGUUACUUUGACCCUUCAAAAAAUUUAAACAAUUUUUUUUUUAAUUAUCUUCUCUUUGAUUUGAAUUUGUUUGGGGAGAGGUUGAAAAAUGGGGCUGUGUAGCUCAAAGCCCUCCCCAAACCCUAACAGUUCAAUCUCGUCGCCGGUUUCAGAUUUAAGACCGGCCGUUAUUUCUGUUCCGGAGAAGGAUAAUGUUAUUCCGACGCCGGAGUUAGAAAAUGAGGCGGGUCAGACAGAGAAGGAGGAUAAAUCUGGAAAUGAGGAGAAAGAAGAGAGAGAAGAGAAAACGACGUCGUCUUUAGAUAAUGUUAAGAAAUCUCCGUUUUUUCCGUUUUAUAGUCCAAGUCCAGCGCAUUAUUUUUUCUCGAAAAAGUCGUCGCCGGCGAGAUCUCCGGGGGCGAGUGCGAAUUCUACGCCGAAGAGAUUCUUCAAGCGGCCGUUUCCGCCGCCGUCUCCGGCGAAGCAUAUACGCGCAGUGCUAGCUCGGCGGCAUGGAUCGGUGAAGCCUAAUGAGGCAGCUAUACCGGAGGGGAGUGAGGGUGGUGACGUGGCAGCAGGAGCAGGGCUUGAUAAGAGCUUUGGAUUUUCAAAACAUUUUGGGAAUAAGUAUGAGUUGGGAGAUGAAGUUGGAAGAGGCCAUUUUGGGUAUACUUGUAAUGCUAAGUUUAAGAAAGGUGAACUUAAAGGGCAACAAGUUGCUGUUAAAGUUAUACCUAAAGCUAAGAUGACUACAGCUAUUGCAAUUGAAGAUGUGAGAAGGGAGGUUAAGAUUUUAAGAGCAUUAACUGGGCAUAACAAUUUGGUACAAUUUUAUGAUGCUUAUGAAGAUCAUGAUAAUGUGUACAUAGUUAUGGAGUUAUGUGAAGGAGGGGAGCUUUUGGAUAGAAUACUUGCAAGGGGUGGAAAAUAUUCAGAGGAUGAUGCAAAGACUGUCUUGAUUCAGAUAUUUAAUGUUGUUUCAUUUUGUCACCUUCAGGGUGUGGUGCACCGGGAUCUUAAACCUGAGAAUUUUCUCUUCACGUCAAAGGAUGAAAACUCACAAUUGAAGGCCAUAGAUUUUGGUUUGUCGGAUUUUGUCAGGCCAGAUGAGAGACUAAAUGACAUUGUUGGAAGCGCGUACUAUGUGGCACCUGAGGUUCUGCAUAGAUCUUAUGGUACAGAGGCUGAUGUAUGGAGUAUAGGCGUCAUUGCAUAUAUUCUUUUGUGCGGUAGCCGUCCUUUUUGGGCUCGGACAGAAUCUGGUAUCUUUCGGGCUGUUUUAAAGGCUGAUCCAAGUUUUGAUGAGACACCUUGGCCUUCUCUAUCGGCGGAGGCAAAAGACUUUGUCAAGCGCCUAUUGAAUAAAGACCAAAGAAAAAGAAUGACCGCAGCCCAAGCAUUAUGUCAUCCCUGGAUUAAAGGUUCUACAAAUGUUCAAGUCCCUUUGGAUAUUCUAAUUUUCAAACUCAUGAAGGCUUAUAUGCGUUCAUCAUCUCUUAGGAAAGCUGCUUUGAGGGCUUUGUCUAAAACAUUGACGGUGGAUGAGUUAUUUUAUUUGAAAGAACAGUUUGCGCUGUUGGAACCAAGCAAAAAUGGCACAAUAAGCUUAGAUAAUAUCAAAACGGCCUUGAUGAAAAAUGCAACCGAUGCAAUGAAGGAGUCACGUAUCCCUGAUUUUCUAGCUUCUCUUAAUGCACUUCAGUACAGAAGGAUGGAUUUUGAAGAAUUCUGUGCAGCUGCAUUGAGUGUUCAUCAAUUAGAGGCUCUUGAUAGAUGGGAGCAACAUGCUCGUUGUGCCUAUGAACUUUUUGAAAAGGAUGGUAACAGGGCAAUUAUGAUCGAGGAGCUGGCUUCGGAGCUUGGCCUCGGUCCAUCUGUCCCUGUACAUGCUGUUCUCCACGACUGGAUUAGGCAUACAGAUGGAAAAUUAAGCUUCUUAGGAUUUGUCAAAUUGUUGCACGGCGUGUCUACUCGGAAUCUUGCAAAAGCUCAAUAGAAUUUUCUCUGCAUCAACAGAAGCUCAAGAUACUCUCUGGUGCAUGUCCACAAGCUGUAUUCGCCAACAAUAAACAUGGUGUGCGGCGUCUAGAAGACGAAUUAACAAUUCGGAGAGCUAAAAAUGAAAGGUGUGUUCGCUUGUUGGUUGCCGUAAAUGAAGGUGCAGUAAAUUAAAUUUGUGGCCCAACUUUGUAUACUUUAGGAUAAAAAAGAAAAGUUGUGCGGUUGUUGGUAAUGCUCUGAAUGAAAGCUUAGGCAUUUUUAAUGAUAAUUUCCACUUUCCACUGUAAAGCUGUGUAGUUGAAGUGUGUUUGCUUUUAGGUGAGGGCGAGAUAUAAUUUCUCUAAAGAAAAAAAUGACUCAUGUUCUUACAUAAUGGACUGUCUGGGCUACGGUCCGUUUGAUGAUUGAAUUUUAUGGUCUUCACCUGCUUUGGUUUUA